GUAUAUAGAUGAGUUCCUCUCUCAGGCUGAAAUCCAAGGAGCCAUGAUUGCCGAUAUUUCAAAACUAUGCGAUGCUGCUGUAGCCUGGUGCAGUGCUCAAGAAGAAAGGCUUAAGAAACCAUUUAUGGACCUCCCAAUUUGGGAACCGUCGCCACACAAGCUAAUUUAUUCUCUGUGCCAAGAGACGUUUUGGGAUAGGAUUCUUUCAACUCAAGCUUUAGUGGUGACCAUAGUCAUGUUCUGCGACAUCAUUUAUCAUCUGGGAUACAUUGCUUUGAGUACAUUACUGUUAAUGACAUGAAUAUAUUGAAGAGGACUGUGCUUGCUAGGUGAUACUGUAUUUUACAGCAUUGCCACUUCUCAACUCCUCACUCUCUAAAUUGUACACAGGCCUUGAAC